AUGUCAACCAUUCCACCAUCUGACUCGACAGUAGCUCAAGACUACACAGAAUCACCAUCCCCAUCAAACAAACAAUCUGGCAAGACAAUCAUGUCAAAUGCCGACUUCGUGAAAUUGUUGUCCAGAGAAACUUACAACGCCAGGAAGAUGGAACGACAACAUCAAGGUCGCAAGGCCAUGGAUAUGAAUCAAAAUCAAUCGUUUAAGUUCCAGGACAAUUCAUCUGGAUGCAACAAAGAUCAUAUGCUCAAUCCACCCCAUGAUGAGACUCAGAAUGGUACAAAGGAGAGCACCAUCAACAAAAUGAGAGAAACGAAGCAACAAAGUAGAUUUUCAAGAAAGUACAACAAUGACAUCCCUAAUCUUGAGAGCGUUUUUCAAUCUCACGUCUCAUCUACUGUUGGAUUAUAUUCUCAAGUUGAACAUAAGGCAGUUCACCGAAGACCACAUGUCGAUGACCAGGCGGGAUCACAGAAGGUUCAACAACAAGAGACCAACACGGCAUCAACUAGUGCUCCUUGGAUUCCCGAUGCAGUUCUUACAAAGAGAUCAGUUGAGAAGCAUCAGGAGAAAGAGUAUCAAUCUGCUAUGGCACCAAAAGCAACAAAAGAUCGCCAUCUUGCAAGAAGAAAUGCCCGAUCUGCAAAGUUCAGAUCACUAGAAGCUCAAAUCGUUACCAGAAAGAAGCUCGAGCCAGAAGAUUCUGAUAUUGAGAGCGACAAAGACCAACAAUUCAAAACCUUCGUCAAAAACUCCACACCACCACUCAGUGAGAUCAAAGCCAGUUUCCAGUUGACAAGAGACAGAGUUACUACUGCAAUCAAGCAGAGUCAGGUUGCCAGAGCAGAGGCAACAAAGGUCAUUAUGCAGAGUAAGGUUGUCAGAGCUAGGAUCGAAAAGGCUCUUGUAGAGAGACUUGCUGCGAAAUUUCAGGCAGAGAGUACCGAGAGAGGUGGACUACCUGAAGAAACAAAUACAAAGAUUGUGAUUGCUUCUUCGGUUGAUGGCUCUGUUGAGGACCUUCUGGAAAUCGACACAAAGAAUAACAAAGAGAAUGCAAAAGAAGUGGUUCAAGAAGCUGUUCAGUCUGCCGAACAAGCUGUCCAGACGGCUGUCCAAUCCCAAGACAGAUCAGUCCAACUCUAUGCUGUUUCUCCCCAGACUCCCAACAGUCCUAUCAACAGUCCUACCAAUACGAUGGAAAGCAAUGCGAAGCAUGCUGAUGGUAAGGCCGCCACCAAAGGAUCCAAGAUUACAGGGUCUAUGGAUGAAUACAAGAUUGAGUUUGUGACAGAGGAUGAGGAUGAUGCCGAGAAGGAUGAUGCCAAGAACGUGGAUGCGGAAGAUGAUUGGGUUACGGUUAUGGACUACGAUGAGGAUCAGGAUGAGGUUGAAGAAGAUGGUUGGCUCCUUGCAUGA